ACAGCCAUCGACACAAACCUCUCAGACAGUUCUCUCUGAGACUUCAGAGCAUGGGGUUGGCCUCUGGUGCCACCAUGCGUCCCGGCCAUGAGGCAGGGCAGGGCUGUAGAUGACAUGGACACCCAGGAGAAGCUGGGACAGGGAAUUGCUCCCUGCAUAGUACCUAUAGCGGCGUCUGCGAUGGAUACAAGGAUCACCAUGUCUAACUUGCCUGCCUUUGGUGUUGUGUCUGGCAGCGAGGCAGAGGAUGGGGAAGCUGAGACCCGGGGGGCAGCUGCCCCUGUGUGCGAAGGCUCUGCGGGGAUACCACCACCUGUAGGAAAGCCCAGGGCAAUGGCAAGCCAGGCCAGUUUUGAGGAAGACAGCCAGAAGCAACCAGCUGUGGGACACUGGAAGCCACUAAUGCCAUCCAAAGGCAGCAAGGAGGAGCCAGAGACUGGGUGCCAGGAUGCCGGAGGUGUGGAUGAGACCCAGUCCACAGAGCAGCUCAACGUGUCACGUCUCCGCAGCUCUUCAGUGGAGAUCCGUGAAAAGGGGUCUGAAUUCCUGAAGGAAGAGUUGCACAAAGCACAAAAGGAGCUGAAGCUGAAGGACAAAGAAUGUGAGAGAUUGUCAAAAGUCAGAGAACAGCUGGAGCAGGAACUAGAGGAGUUAACAGCUAGCCUAUUUGAGGAAGCACACAAGAUGGUGAGAGAAGCAAACACUAAACAGGCGGCGUCAGAGAAACAGCUGAGGGAGGCACGGGGCAAGAUCGACAUGCUGCAGGCAGAGGUAACAGCUCUGAAGACACUAGUGAUUACAUCCACACCUUCCUCUCCAAACCGGGAGCUGCACCCUCAGCUCCAGAGCCCUUCUAAAGCUGUUUUCAGGAAGGGCCAUGGGCGAAAUAAAAGCACCAGCAGUGCAAUGGUCUCAGCUGCCAGCCAGAAUGUGACUCCAGAACCAGUCAGUCAUGAGUGCAAAGAGGUCGACUCCAUCUUAUUUGCUGAGUUCCAGGCCUGGAAGGAAUCUCCAACUUUGGAUAAAUCCUGCUCCUUCCUGGACAGAAUUUACCGAGAAGAUGUAGGACCUUGUCUGGACUUCACUAAGCAGGAGCUGUCGGAGCUGGUGCGAGUGGCUGUGGAGCAGAAUACACUCACCAUUGAGCCGGUUGCUUCCCAGACACUGCCUGUGGUGAAGGUGUCAGCGGAAGAGUGCGGUGGGCCAAAGAAAUGUGCUCUGAGUGGCCUCCCCAGGACCUGCAAGCACCGCAUCAUGCUGGGGGAUUCUGGGAAUUACUACUACAUUUCACCGUCCUGCAGGGCCAGGAUCACAGCGGUGUGCAACUUUUUCACAUACAUUCGCUAUAUCCAGCAGGGCUUGGUGAGACAGGAUGUGGAGCUGAUGUACUGGGAGGUCAUGCGGCUCCGGAGGGAGAUGUCUCUGGCCAAACUGGGGUUUUAUCCCAGCGAGAUGUAAGCAGAGGCCUGAGCGUGGAAGGAAACUGCUCACGUAUGAGCGGCUUGUCAAAUGUAGCCUGCCAAACAGAUGAACGCAGUGCCUCUCCUGCAGCGGGCCUUACUCCCUCCCCACCUUCCCUCUGCCUGAAGCUGAUCAAGGAGCAAGAAGCACAAGUUCCACCUUCAGCUAUCCCACUUCUCCAACUGUGACUGGAAUGCGGCUGCCAAGCUACCCCCUCAGAGCUGGGCUGGCCCCGGCUGCUGUGGGGUGGCCGUCUACAGACUGUCCUCUUUGGAGUCUCCUAUAUGCAGUGUAUAUCCAUUUUUUUUUUAAAUUCUGUUUUUAUAUGCAGUCUGCUUUGGCAUAAUCUGAGGCCAGCCCUGUGCAAGGCAGGAGUCCUGGACCUUCUUCGAAAGCAACUCUCUCAGGACAGAUGCUGGCUGUCUGUCCAUCUGUUCCACUCAUUCUUUGGGGUGGAGGGUGCUGUGUCCAGCCGUACACCUAGGUCCUGCUGACCACUUACUCCCCUGAUGGCCCUGUAAAUGCCAGCAGCACACAAUAACCUUACGGAGAGCCAUGAACAGCCUGUUUCCAAGUACUUCCUUGCUCCUUUUAAAGGAGCCUGCAAGAGAAGCUUUCUGCCAGCUGAGUCACAAAGAGGGAUUUGUGUUUGUGCUUGCGAUUUGGCACUAGGUAAUCCAGGCUGGGGGAAUAGCCGGACUAGAGGCCGGAGCUGUGCACCUGGGGCCUUCGGCAGAAGAAAGCAAGCAGGGAAACUGCGUAACUCGCAGCUGGCUGCAGCUUGGCUGCAAUCUGCAGGAUGUUUUCUCCUGGUCUAGAGAAUCUGCCUCAGUUGUCACAAGCAGAUGCUGACCUUGAUGGGUGGUGCCUUGUGACAGUCCUCAGUGCAGAAGUCUGCCGUGGUGCUCUUAGAUACAAACCUUACCCCCAGACAGAUGCCUUUGAGCUGUUCCUGCUCUCAGGGUAGCUUUGGGCAGUAUUGGCCCCACUGUUUAGAUAGAAACCGUGGUCCCAGGCUGGGUUGUUUGUCUCCAGAAAGAGCAUGCUUAGGCUGGGUACAGGCUUGAGGCCCUGCCAUUUCCUCCCCAGUAUUGCAUCAGACCUAGAGAUGGAUGGCCACUGGGAAACCCAGCUGCUUCUGGGCCCUCAUUCCCCGGUGAGGAGACUUGAGACAUCUUUAUGUGCACAUGAGGGAUGUCGUGCCGUUCCUGUAUGCCUCAAAUGUGCUGGGAAAGAAAUCACUAAAGCUAUUGUAAAGGGGAGGCUCUCUAGAGCUUGAGCUCAUGCCCAGGUUUGCCUCUACAGAACUGUGUGAAAUCCAUGACAGUGUUUUGUAGCCAAUUUAGCUUUUAAAAGCAUUUUAGAAAGCCUGUAGCUUUUUUUUUCAGUGACUGGAAUCAGCUCAGCCACCACCCACCCUGGGGGGUUCCUCUCACAUGGCAUUUCUGCACUCGACUGACACACCACCCCUGUCCCUCUGCCACCAUCAUAACUCCCAUCUUAGCAAGUUGGUGCCCAGAACGGGAUCACCAUCCUCAGCUCUGUUAAGUUUCAGCCACUCCUGAGAGAUGCUACAGUGGAAUACUCUAUCUUCAGUGGAAAAAAAACCUGAGCUGCUGUGGUUUUGUCCAGGGGAGGGAGGAAUAGACAGGGAAGGCAAAAGUUUUGGUUUGGAACCUAAUAAAAGGACCACUUCACAGCAGGUCUGAGAAAACCUUCCAGUAGAAGACCCUCUAUGAGCACAAGCUUUCCUGUCACAGAGCACACUCACAGUAUGCUGCGGAGUUGCUCCUCAGGGGACUCCUUCCCUUUUAGCUAUACUGGCAUAUGGUGUCGUUUGCCAAGGUUUAGUAGCAGUGUGAAACCUGAGUUGUCAUCCCCAGAGCUGGGAGGACACAUUCCUGACAGUACAUACGAGCUUUGAAUCCACCUCCUUCAGCUCAGAAAGGGCUGACCUCCAAGUCUGAGUUGUUGACACCCCAGUUCUGCUUUUGCCUCCCACAGCUGAGUGCCCCAGCUCGUGCUGCUCGCCCUAGCUAGCUGAGUGCCUACAUCGGCUACUCUUCACCAAAGGAAUAUGUUUCAAAUGUGGAGUAAAAGCCUGGAAAAAUACAUCUUUGGGUAAGAGUCUGGCUGGGUCUUGAGCCUAGUGAUAAACCCGCAUCUCUCUUGGUGGUGUCUGCAGACUUGUGGCAAUCUGACAUCAGCUUUUCUAGAGGAGAAAAUAGAAAUGUCUUCCCAGCUGCAGUUAAAUUCUCUCCCUGGCAGUUUCUCCUUGCAUCUGUUCCUCCUGACCCUUUGAUCUCUACCUGUCAUCCUGUGCCGUUAGCUGCUACGUUGCACAACAGUUGUGGCUGCUUUGCAGCACUGGGAAUGAGAUGAUCUCUCUGUAGGAGACAUUUUGGUUUGUGGGAUUCUUUUUUUUUCCCCCCUCAGUGUCACUUUGUAAAGCACUUUGAGACGAAAGGAAUUAGAGAAAUGCAUUGUAUAAGGUUGUCUUACAUUUAAAACAAAGCAGAGAGAACAAUCUGGAAAUUAAUAUGAAGUCACUCCGUUAACAGCGGGAUGGUUGCACCCUGCUCUUUAAUAAAGAAUAAACAUUUGUUAUUAACCUC